CAGCGCGCGCCGCUGCGUUUCAGUCUGCAAACGACCAGCGCGAGUGUCGUGUCGUGACAAGCACAGUCUUCUUUCUUAAAAAAAAAAAAGAUAAAAAAUAUAUAUAUCUAUACGUGUACAUAUAUUGACGUGAAUACCUACAUAUAAGCUUAUACGGCCGUAUAUACACAGGAGCGAUGAGUCGCUCGUUUUAUAAUACUCGGCAGAGCGAAGGGAUCUCGCAAACGUGCGAACGUCUUUCCGUCACGUAGCUUUGCGUGUCCGCGGAAAGUAAAGAAAAGUAUAAGAGCGAGUGGAAAGAAUAAGAAUAGCGCAAGGAGGUGAAUAGAAGGAAGAAGAAAAGUAAAAAAAAAAGAUUAAGACAAAUACUUGAAGGAAGUACGAACAGAGACGGGGUUAACACGCACACAACAGGUAUCGGCUGGCUCCCAUCGAUGCACCAUAAAAGCGAAGAGAAGAUAAGGGACAAGUUAGAAGAAUAAAAGGGACGAGAAUCAUCCGGCAAAACGAGACGUCAAUGCGCGGAUCGCAAACAAUGCGGGAUGAAAGAAAAUGUUGAAAAAAUAAAAAAUAAAAAUAAAAUAAUGCAAGAAACUCUUAGACCGUGAGUUUCGAUCGCUUACUAUGAGUGCUAAGGAAAGUGCAGGAAGAUCGAUCGAGAGCAAAAGUGGUAUACGGUAUAAGAGUGGUGAUUAGGCGUAAAGCGGAAGGGACAAAUAAUGCGGGAUUAAUUAAUUUCAGUGCCGUACAAUUUGAUAGGAGAGAACAGACGUAUUUUUUACUUCCCUAUCGUUUCCACCCUGAGGUUUUGUUCUGAGGGUUGUGCGUUCGUGUGAUUUUUUUUUUUUUCUUACGUUCAACCAAGACGGACUGCACGGCUGGCUUCACUACUAGGCCCGCCUAAACACACUCGGAAACUACUAGCUAAACCAUACCAGCCGUAGAUGCCGCAUUAUGUCCUGUUAACACUACUAGCAGGCUUCUCUACUACGUAGCACCUAUUGCCAGGAUUGCCAUUGGCUGAGUCUACUUGUACGUUGGUCAGUCAAGAGAAGGUUGCAUUAAAUUCAGGUGAUUCCAUUGACUGUUCUUGUAAUUGUCAUCGCCGGUCGUUAUCGUCAUAUUCAACAGUGGGAUCGAGCUCAUAAUGUGAAUAGCGCGUGUAACAGAUGCAGCGUACUCGCUCGAUACUCGCUGGUUAAAUAUCGUUUAAUAUACCCAGCGAGCUCGACGAGCCAGAGCAGCGUAGUAAAGUAAGAAUGAAAAUAAUAAACAUAUCGUGAAUUACUCAAAGAGCUAAAAUAAGCCGCGAGAGUUCGAAUGCAUCGUCAUUGAUCUCCGACAACAGCAAGCAACAACAAUUUUACGUAAAAUAAAAAAAGGCCAAGAGGAUAUCGAAAAACGAUGCCGUGCAACGGAGUCAAACAGGCGCGUCCGUCCGUUUCACCUUGGGCUGCACCGACGAACUUUUGUUGUUCCUCUUAGGGUCACACACAUUCCCGUUCUCGAAGCAAAUAAAUGCUUGCUCCUUGUCCGUUUGUGCCCUCGUGUGAUACCGAGUGUCUAGGGUGGCUGGGAGGAGGUUAGGAGGGUGGUGGGUGGUACGAGGGAGGUUAAUACUUUAGAAAAUUCACAUAGACAAAAUUUUGGCACUAUCGACUGGGUGAUACGAGGAAAAGUAAAGGGACGAUUACUCGUUAUCAAAAACCUGCCAGUGUUGUCUGCUAUCAGAAUAUUUGCUUCGGGUGAUAUACGAUUGUUAUAUGGUGGUUGUGCGCGUUUGUGCCGCGUAGUUGUGCGUUUGUGAAAAACGCUGAAAAAUUUUAUUGUAUACCAAGGUAUAUCUUGUUUCACGGUAUAUUUAAACAUUUUCAUGACACUGAUUGUACGUUUUUCGGCAUUUACUUUCCUCUUGGAUUUUACUCGUGAGGAUUUAUUCAAACGAGGAAACUCGUCUGGAUGACUGUUGUGUGAUAGUUUUACGAGAUUAAUCAUUCUGAUAAGGAGUGGUUCCGUGUGAUAUCGUGGUGGUGGGGGGAUAAAGGAUAACACAAAGGAAAAAUCAAGGGCAGUGCAGGAGGCAGCUUUUAUAUACACGGUGGACAUGAUUAUUUCAAAGGAUUUAUUCCUCCUUGGCGACCAAGAUUAUCUGCGCCUUCCCAGCAACGAGAAGCGCCAGCAACGGGCAAUGGGCAGACCGAUCAUCAAUGCUCCCAGAGUGGAAAGCUCGGCGCUGCAGUUGGUGUGUCCGCUGGAGUCUCGCCCUGUGCAGCUGGUCUUCCGGGGAUUGCAAGUGGUCAAGGAGAAGAGGGCGCUUCUUCGUGACGUUUCCGGCGUCGUGAAACCUGGCGAACUGUUGGCUGUAAUGGGCCCUUCGGGGUGCGGCAAAACAACCUUGCUCAACUGUUUAUCGGGACGAGUUGGUCUCGACGGCGGUGAAAUUUGGUUGAAUCGUGAAAGACUGACGAAAAGAUGGCGACGAAGAAUUUGCUACGUGCAACAGCAAGAUGUCUUCUUUCCCGAUCUCACGUUACGGCAAACCUUGGAGUACCAGGCUCGACUCAGGCUUCCGGACACACUUUCGCACUCGCAAAAGAUGCAGUGCGUGGACCACAUAAUAGAGGUUCUCGACCUCGCGGCCUGCCAAGACACCAUUAUUGGAGAUUAUACGAAGCGCGGCCUGUCUGGCGGUGAGAAGAAAAGAACCAGCAUAGCCUGCGAACUGUUAACGAAUCCCUCGCUGAUGCUGCUGGACGAACCAACUAGCGGUUUGGAUUCCCACUCAGCACAGGCACUUAUAUCUCGACUGAAGAAGUAUGCCGAACAGGAAGGCAAGACCAUCGUCGUGACUGUUCAUCAGCCCAGUUCAAGGAUGUUUCACAGUUUUAGUAAACUCCUGUUACUGAGCAGAGGACAGGUGGCAUAUUAUGGAUCGACGACCAAUAUUGGCAGGUUCUUUUCAACCAUUGGACUUACCUUACUGCCCCACUAUAACCCAGCGGACUUUAUACUGGAGCAAAUAAAAGGACCCGAAGACGUACGCGAGAGAAUUGUCGCAGCUGCGAGAGCAUCCCGACAGGGUCCCGACUGCCCCCCUGAACUCCGACCUGAGUACAAUCCAAGUCAGCAUCCGCUCUGCGAUCACCUGAUACAUUAUCACGAGCAUCACAUCGGCCACAACGGGAAGGAAGAAUGCAAGGAUAUCGCGAACGGAAGGAAGCUCGACAUGUGCGUGGUGAUAGAAACUCCCAACCACAACAACGCCACUCACGUGUACCCCGCCAUUGUCAAGGAAGACGAGGGACGCACGCUUUGGCUUGACACGCAAAGCCACGCAAGCAGCAGCGUAAGCUCUACGGACGACGACUAUUCCUGGCAGUGGCCCACGAGCUUUUGGUCUCAGUUUAAAGUAUUAUCAGAGAGAAAUUUCCAAGAGGCACGACCCAGAAUGCUAUCGCGAUUAAAUUGGUUGCAAACAAUUGCACUGGGUCUUCUAGCUGGUCUACUGUGGCUACGACUUCCCAGGACGGAAGCCGCGCUGCACGACAUACAGGGUUGGAUGUUCUUCAGUACCACAUACUGGAUGCUCUUCGCACAUUUUGGUGCCCUCUCCAGUUUCCCGCCAGAACGUGAGGUCAUCAACAAGGAACGAUUGUCAGGAUCGUAUAGACUAUCAGCUUAUUAUUUAGCUAAAAUGGUGGGAGAACUGCCAUUAACUAUAACAUUACCAGCCGUUUAUCAUAUUAUCAGUUAUCCAAUGCUGGGCUUCCAUAGUCCUGCGGUCUUCGUUACCCUCCUAGCAUUUUUAUUACUCAACACCAUUGUGGCCCAGAGUGUGGGCUUCUUCGUGGGAGCUUGCUGUCUGGAUCUGCAAGUUAGCAUAACAGCGUCAGCUCUCUAUACACUAGCUACACAAUUACUGGGUGGUUACUUGGCGACAGCAGUGCCACCCUGGUUGGCAUGGGCACGUUACGCCAGUAUGGUGCACUACGCCUAUCAGAAUAUGCAGAUACUGGAGUUUGGUGUGGGCGAGCCAAUCAGUUGUUCGCAACCGAGCAAAUUCGCGGAAUGCAAAAACGGCACGACGAUACCAGUUGCUGCGAUCCUGGAGGGUCAGGGUGGCGCCAGAGGUCCUGGCUUACCGCUGUGGGCGAACACAGCCGUCCUCUUGGCCUUCCUCGUCGUCUUCAGGACCCUGGGUUACCUCGUUCUACGUUAUUAUCGCGUGCCCAAGUGAGGCCGCCCGUCGUAGAAUUUCACUAGGAGGUCGUAAUUCCUAAUCGAUAAAUAAUCCUAUACGGGACGAGCGUGGCCGUUGUUGCUACAUUAGCAUGAAGAAUUUUGUACACGACUUUUCAUCGAUCUUCUUUUUUUUUAUAUAUACACACGCGUGCAUAUGUACGCAUUAUAUGUGCAUGCGUUAUUAUUCGUAUUCUUUUAUUAUUAUUCAUCAAUUCAUUCGUUCAUUCAUACGUUCAUUGACUAAUCAAUCGAUAAAUCCUCGAUCUAUCACGUUAAUCGAUAAAUCGAAUUGUCACAGGGUUCCCCGAGAUUUUCUGUACGCCCCUGAAUAUCUUGUUCGGGUGUAUCUACGUGCACCAUAUAGAGUGUCGAGCAUUGAUUUUACAGCCACGUACUAAAGGAUAUCGAAUUCCUAUUAUAUGAUUUGCCGGAUCCACGUGUUCUCGAUGCGCUCAAAGUGCAUUGCGUCGAUGCACAUUGCAUUCGCAUCUGAUCUACCGUGAGCGGUUUAUUACUGGGAAUCCUGGCUACCAAAUUACCAAUUAUAAAGUAAACGCGAGACUAAGAGACUUGGCGGUGAAGACUAUAUAUAGAGAUUUUAUACGAGGGUUGAGAGUGUGACGUGAAAAAUGCGAAAGAGCAACAGAGAGUGUGUGUGAGAGAGAGAGAGAGAGAGAGAGAGAGAGAGAGAGAGAGAGAGAGAGAGAGAGAUUGCUAGAAUAACAAAAGAGAGGGUAUGAGAGAAAUCUGCGAAUAGGAAUAAAAAUAGGAAACAUAUGCGUAACCGCGUGCGUACGUGAAUAGUGACGAAGAAAAAUGAAAAAAAAAAAUGAAAAAACUCAAAAGUGAAAAUAGAGGGAUAAUGGUGAUUCGUAAAAAUUGUUCUUUUCCGCGGAAAGAAGGGUGCGAGUGAACCGUCGGAAAAAAAGUCGUAUGCAAAGGAGUAUAAGAUAAGAAGGUUAGCGUUACGUUGAAACGAGUUGAAGAGUGUGACUUGAAGGGAGAAGAUAAAAAAAUAUAUAUACACGCUCGAAACACACACCACACACACAUACGCAAAGGCGAUUACCACAUGUUGACGCGCGCGGCCCCUUAUUGCGGGCACGUAUGAAAAAAAAAGAAAAAACGACUGAAAAAUUUGUACGGGCGAUGAACAUUUAUAUACGAGAAUAGAUUUUUUUAGCCAUUUUAAGCCUUUUAUCGUUACUAUUAAUUAUUAUUAUUAUCGAUUAAUUAUCGAUUAAUAUUAUUAUCCGCGCAUUAUUCUCUUCUACUUUAUUCUAUUUUAUUUUAUUAUAUGUGUAUCCUUAAUUACUAUUAUUAUUAUAUUAUCAUUACAUUACUGCUACGUUUUAUCAAUCAUUCUGUCGUUUAAUGUCGAUCCACGCGUCAUCCGAUGAACCCUGACCACGCCCUCACCCCCUGUCUAGUAGCCCCUACCCCAUUUAGAACCAAUCGUGACGCGAGCCUCGAGAUACUUUUUAUCUUUUUUCUAUUUCAUCUCAUUACACGUCCCUUCAGCUGUAGCUUUCUUAUUCUGCGUGUACACGGGGAAAAAUAUUAAUGAAAAAAUAAUGAAAUGAAAACAUUGUGCUGCCAAGAAACAAAAAAACACAUAAGAAAAUGAAUUAUCCAGUUAAUAACGCAGUCCGCGUGCGAGCACGAUGCACGCAAAGUACGUCACAUAACCUAACCAACGGGGAACGAUAAGUUUAGAAAUAAUUUUCGAAAAAAAAAAAAAAAUUGGUUUCACGUGUUUGACACCAAUUUGCAAAAAGGGACACGUAUACGGGGUGGUGCAGCGAAAGGUAUCCUCGUGGGUCUGGUAUGUUACCUACGGUGGCUACUGUUGACAGGGGCACCCGGUAUAUUACGUUACCUCUUUACGAGAGCCCGGAAGGAUAAAUGUUCGUUCGCGUUACGAAAAAGUUAAGUGCGAAAAAAUUGCAUAAGCACACACACAUACGCAUACACUCGCGCGCGCACGUGGACGACGUAUUAUAUGCAUGUGUCGUAAAAUAAGAUUACAUAGAUAUAUAAAAGUAAAAAAUAUAUAUAGAGAUAUAUAUAUAUAUAUAUAUAAUAUAGAUAUUAUGAGAGAGUAAGGGAAUGAGAUUUUGCGGGGAAAAAUGCCGAAAAAGUGAACGAGGCGAGUCGUGAUAGAUCAAUGAGGAAGUCUGGAACACAAAAGGGGAAAAUAGAUGGGAUCGGGGAUGGGCACCAUCGAAUGAAAAUUACAAGUUGAAUGGUUUUCCACUCGAAAAAGCAUUUGAAAAUACGUUUUAAAUACUUUUACGAAUGGAGAACCAUUCGACUUGUAAUUUUCAUUAGAAUGGUGCCCGUCCCUGGAUUGGAUGCAUAUUUAUCGAUCAAACGGAUAACAAGGAAUUUAUAAAGCGAGAGAAAGAUUGAGGAGAGAACGAGAGACACUUGACUAUUAUACCAUUAAAUGUGUUAUUAUGGUCCUUUUUCCUCUUCCGUGAUGAAACUUCAUGCGAAACCACGUCAAGCCCGGGUUUGUUAUAUCUGCGUAUAAAUACAUUAAUGAAGAAA